AUAAAUAUCAUGCAUCGCAUUCGUAUUUGUUAAUUGAUAGUGUUGGUAAAUGCAUGUUUAACAUCUACCUACUGGGCUAUGAUGCUCCCUCCUACCAUUUUGAAGAUAAAAAUCUGGAAGAAUAGCCAUCAAGGGACAUGGAGAUGUUGGAUGUUAAUACUUGUAGUAACCCAUUUGUCUGAGAAAGAUGAUGUCCGGAGUUAUUUGAAAUAUGUUUUAAGUUCAAUUAUUUUGGUACAUGUAUGAACAUGUUAACCUUGGUCAUAACAGGUUAUAGAUUAAUUACUUGUACUCACUUGAAUUGUUAAGCUUGUUUUUAGCAUUUUAGAAAGACCUCCUGUAGUACAGUCCAGUUGUGAGCCUCAUAACUCCCUUGAUAUUUUGAAUAAUUUUUUGAGACUUAAAUGAUUAGAAAUUUACUUGUCUUAGCUUUAGUUUAAGAUAUCAGGGGUGUGCAGAAUCUGACCUGUGUCUUAAUUGUAUCAUAACUUGAGUUGUACAUUGUUAGUUGGUCUAUUUGAUUUUUUCUCUUUUAUUCUAUUAUUUACCGUUGUAGUUUUGUAGAUAGGAUGUUUCAUUUGUGAUGGUAUGCGACUCUUUAUAUUAUAACAUAAGAGUGGUGGUGAGCAAAUCCUUGGCAACUGGUUGGCAUGCUUAUAUAUCAUUUAUAUUUAUAAUGUAACAUCUAUAUAUGUUAAAGAAAAUGGUGUUUCUGGCUUCUUUUGCCUGAUCACCCCCCUCCCCCCUUCUCUAUCCUCCCUUUUUCUGCAUAGGUUUGAAAUGUCUACUGCACCAGGCACUGGUGAAAAGUGAGAUACUUUUAUAACUUGAUAGUUUUAUAGUUUGUUCCUCGUAUUAUUAGAUUGACCUGAUGGUUGCUAUUGACUCGGUUAGAAACAUGAAUGUUUGUAAAGUAGGCUUUAAUCAAUGUUAUGAAUGUAAGGUCUCUAGGCAUCAUAUUUGAGACCUUGCACCCCCCAAUCCCAAAAAAAGGUGGCCGGGAAGGAGGGGCAAUGGCAUUGUCAAGGCAUCCUAUUUAAUUCCCUUUUUAAUUGGAACUUAAUGUUAAAGUGAUUCCUAUCAGACAAUUUACAAUAUAAGCACUGAAAAUUUACAGUUUUAAACAGUUAGUUGAGCUAUUAGACAACACUAUAAUUAUUUCUUUGAUUUGAAAGGCGUGACUUUAACAAGAUAAAGAUAAGUUAUCGCUGCAUUGAAUUGCUCAACGAUUUUUAAGGUAGAAGCUCAUAUUUUUUAUCAGGCAUCUAUGGCCAAAUUGUUUGACAAUUCGUUAUGCAUUUUAAAGAAAUAUGCACAAAUGUAAUAGUCAGAGUUUCCGAUUACAGGCCAAAGUAUGAAGCCUGGAUAUAAAUAUUACUUUUUAGAACAUGAUAAGUGAUCAUUAGAUUUGAAGAGUUAUUUACACCCAUUAUGGGUCUAGAGAGUCUGAUAUGCUUCCAUUAUUCCAAGUAUGAAUAAUUUUCUUAGUGGGAUGUGUAGAUACGUUGUUCCUGGUGAUCUCACUGUUGGACAGUUUAUCAAUGUGGUGCGGAAGAGGAUUCAGCCGCCUCCUGAGAGGGCUAUAGUCGUUUUCGUCCAGAACAACCAACCUGCGGCUACGAUGGCUGACAUUUAUGCGGAGAACCGGGACAACGAAGAUGGUCUCCUUUACCUGACCUACAGACGUGUUUCAGAUUGUUGCUUGGCUGCAUUGUUGAGGCAGACCAUACAUGGUGCACAUGCUUAUAGUUUUAUUUUACCAUUCAACAAUAUCCGUCUAAGCAGACCUUAUGUAGUGAGGACUACUUGUAGUAGGAUAAUUUAUGGUGGGAUUUUAUUUACUUUCUGAAUAUCAGUUGGUUUAUGUUAUGUGGACAUGGAAUUAUGGUUGUCAUAGUUUAUAUGUUUAUUUACUUUCUGAAUAUCAGUUGUUUAUGUUAUGUGGAUGACAACCAUAAUUCCAUAUCCACAUAGCAUAAACCAACUGAUAUUCAGAAAGUAAAUAAAAUCCCACCAUAAAUUAUCCUACUACAAAUAGUCCUUGCUACAUAAGGUCUGUUUAGAUCCGUCUUUUUAUUGCGUGAGUGUGAUGAAGAUAUACCUUAUGUAGCGAGGACUACUUGUAGUAGGAUAAUUUAUGGUGGGAUUUUAUUUACUUUUUGAAUAUCAGUUGGUUUAUGUUAUGUAGACAUGGAAUUAUGGUUGUCAUUAAUUUAUAUUAUGUAGGAAAAAAAUUGACAACAAAUUAUUAUUAUUCGUCAUU